AUGAAGCUUUUCAUUGCUAUUGGAAUCUUCUUCAUUGGUUCCGUUGCCGCUAUGCCAGAAGACGACCAGGAAAUCCUUGUCAAUCAGAUGAAUGAAGCUAGAGAGAAGUUCGCUGUGCUUCUCCCCGUGGCUAAUAUGAAUGAGAUUAAGUACGACGCAUCCCUCGAACGGAAAGUAUCCAGUUGUGAUGAGGUUUAUCAGAUGACAGACUAUGAUCAUCGUGCAAAGCUUUGGGCACAUCUCAACAUGGAAAAAUCUCCUGACGGCUCUAGCGAACUCAUGAGAACUCAUGAAGAAGCAGAGGGACUUUUGAAAGCUGUUAGCAAGGAUGGUGUUCGAAAUCGACAAAAUCUUCAUCCUCUGUAUACUGGAAUCGCAUGCAUCACGUUGGAGACACCCUGCCCGUACCCUGGAGGUAGUAGAUAUACCUAUGAAGCCAUGUGUUUCUUCGGGGGGACUGAGAGCGAAAACGUCAAAUCGAUGACUGGAAUGAUUCGAGGAGAAGCAGGAACACAGUGUAAACAUGGGAACUCUGAGAAGUGGAGACACUUGUGCAAGGUUUCUGAAGACUCCGGGUCUGAAGCGGGCUUUUCGGUGGAGAAGAAAUCGGAGAAUUUGACGUCUUCAGUAUUUUACUCUGCUCAUCUUGCUCUCAUAGCCACGAUUAUGGUGUCUUUGUAUUUCUGA